AUGGCUUUAAUUAAAUGUCAACAUACGUGGUUGAAAGGUUUGGAUAAUGGUGCGAAAUAUGUGAGAGUACUAUCAUUUGACUUUAGCAAGGCUUUUAACAGUGUCCCACAUGACAUACUAUUUGGAAAAGUUAAGAAAUUGCCUUUUAACCCGUACAUCAUAAAUUGGAUGAUAGAUUUCUUAAAUGAUCGCAAACAGAGAGUAACAGUUGAUGGCAUUACAACCGAGUUCUUGAAAAUUAAUCGUGGCGUGCCUCAGGGGACUGUUCUAGGCCCGAUACUAUUAUCAAUAAUGGUAAAUGACAUUAAACCAGUCAAUCCAAUCAAUGAACUCUGUAAAUUCGAUGAUGAUAUAACAGUAGAAGCCCCGGGCUAUGAUGAGGAUGAUACAGGUGCAGAAGAGGUAGAAAAUAUGAAAUUAUGGUCAGAUGAAAAUCGAAUGGUGCUGAAUAUGAACAAAACAUACGAAAUGAUUGUUCGUGGGAGAACAUCGAUACCUCUACCCAGUUGCAUUCCGUUCAUCAAACGGAAAACAUGGCUCAAGAUACUUGGAAUUACCCUUGAGGAAAUACCGGAAAAUUGGGACAGACACUUCGAAGAGAUGCUUAAAAAAGCGAGUGGAAGAAUGUACAUUUUACGGGUGUGUAAAUAUUAUGGUUUUACAACAAAGCAGUUAGAACUUCUCUUUCAGAGUUUAAUAAUGUCACUAUUCACUUUCGGAAUUGAACUUUGGGGAGGAGCAUCUUAUACUAAAUACAUUAGACAGAUUGAUAAGUUUGUAAAUCAUGCAUACCGUAAUGGAUAUGUAACAGAGAAAUCUAAUUUUAGAGAAAUAAUAAAUAAGGAGACAAGAGGUUAUGGAACAAAAUAUUAG